GAGCCACACACAGCGGAUACCCAGGAUUCUGACAGCCAGCUCCUUGCCAGGAGUCCUCCAUACAUAGGAUUCCAUUUGGAACUACCCCAACAUAGCAAGCUUCCACACGUGACCGUGCCUUCUCCUUCAAUGCGAUGGUGAGGAGGAAGCCUGAAGGGGCUUAUCGUCACAUGUAUUGACCGCUUGGGGCCAUUAUCUGGGAAGAAGUUAUCCAGAGCCCGCCUUCCCCUAUCCUUCAGCCCUGGGAUGGGAGCGGUGACAGGUUGGUUCCUCCCAUUCAUCUCCAGCGAUCACAUGAGCCAAGAUAAAGCGUCUCAUUAGACUACCAGCAUGGCGGCCAGGAAUACAGCUGUGAGAGGGCUACCCCCAGCCCCUGUAAUCACGCUACAUGCACACCCAAGGCCGUGUUAGAAGAGGGCAUGGCGCCAGGCAUUUCUCACCAACCAUCAUGGCACAAACCCUCUUGCAGAAGCUUUUCAGUAAAAGAUGUGGCUCAGCCUCUUCUGUCAGGGUUGCCGAGGAAGAGCCUGCUUUCAGCUGGCCUUCUUCAGAGUUAGAUUUGAAUAGCAUUCGGCUGAUUGUUUACCAGGACUGUGAAAGAAGGGGCAGACAAGUCUUGUUUGAUUCCAAAGCAGUCCGUGAAGUAAAAAAUGAAAAUGCACAGAAACCAGAUGAGGAUGCAUCUUGCAAGAUGCUUGGUAAGUCGUGUCAGACGAGCAACAGCGGGUCGUCCUAUAUCUCCUCCUGUAGUACAACACAAGGAAAUCCUCACCUUAACAAGGAUCCGCUCCCCAGAUACCAGUACACCAAGCCUGCUUCCGAUGUGAACAUGCUGGGAGAGAUGAUGUUUGGCUCUGUGGCAAUGAGUUACAAAGGUUCAACACUGAAAAUCCACUUUAUCCGCUGUCCACCGCAGUUGAUGAUCAGUAAAGUGUUUUCUGCUAAGGUGGGAGGCUUCAGUGGAAGCACAAGCACUUUACAAGAUAGCCUUGAAAAUAUUCAUCCAGAUGUUAGUGCCACAAAAUUUGAUGUAAGUCAGAAUGUGCAAGGAUUGGAUCAAAGUACUGCUCACUUGGGUUUGUUACAGACGUGUAGCAGCAAACUGCUGCCUGGCGUUUUUGAAGCUCGCCCCCUCCGGCUCAUCCGGAGUGCCUCUUUCUUUGCAGCUCACAGCACACCUGUGGAUAUGCCCAGCAGAGGCCAGAAUGAAGAUAAAGAUAGCGGGAUAGCUCGAUCAGCUUCACUUAGCAGCCUGCUAAUCACCCCACUUCCUUCCCCAAGUUCUUCCUUCUCCAGUAACUGUGCAAGUAGUUAUCAGCGUCGUUGGCUACGGAAUCAAACCACCAGUUUAGAGAAUGGUCUCUUUCCUCGGUGGAAGAAUGAAGAAACCUUUAGCAUGGCAGAUGAAAAUUACACAUCUAACCCAACAAUGAUCGGAAGAAAGAAGAUUGCCAUCAGCAUCCUCUUCUCGUUGUCCGAAAAUGAUGAAGCCCAGAAGAGUUUCCAGGAUUUCUUUUUUUCUCAUUUUCCUUUGUUUGAAUCACACAUGAAUAAACUGAAGGUCUCUAUAGAAAAGGCUAUGAUAUCCUGCAGAAAAAUUACAGAUUCCGGUCAGAGAGUUCAGGUUUACCUUAGCCAAGUCAUGGAUGCUCUCGGACAAUUUAGGGAGACUAUCUGGAAUUUGUACUAUUUUCCUCGAAUUGCGGAACCCGUGUGGCUUACAAUGAUGUCCACUAGUUGUGAAAAAAGCCAGCUGUGUGAGCAUUUUCUCAAAGAGUUCACAUUCUUGAUUGAGCAGCUUAACAAGAAUCAGUUCUUUGCGGCCCUGAUCACUGCAGUGUUAACUUACCACUUGGCAUGGGUACCUACAGUCAUGCCAAACAACCAUCCUCCUAUAAAGUCAUUCUCGGAAAAGCACACAUCGAAGUCAGUUGACCUGCUGGCAAAGUCCCACCCGUAUAACCCCCUGUGGGCACAGCUUGGUGACUUGUAUGGGGCAAUUGGUUCCCCGGUUAGAAUGACUAGAACGGUUGUUGUUGGCAAACGGAAAGAUUUAGUUCAGCGAAUUCUGUAUGUUCUGACUUACUUCAUCCGAUGCUCGGAACUACAAGAAAGCAAUCUUGUGCAGAGUACCAGCCCAGACCAAGGGGAACAAAUGGAUAAUGGCAGUAAGAUCACAACCUCUCUAGAGAAAGGAGAAGUGGAAGAAUCCGAAUAUGUUGUUGUAACAGUAAAUGAUGAGCCUGCUCUGAUAAUCCCUUCUAUGUACAGCAAAACUAGUGAAGCAUCCCAUAAAAAGGUAGCAGAGAUGGCCGUUCAUGAUUCUUCUUAUCCUACUGGAAAGGAAAGCGGUUCACAAAAUGUUAGCCUUUGCAAAGUACAAACAUCAUUGGCAAAAGAAGCCAGACUAGAAACGUUGGUUUCUGUGACCAGGGCACCAACGUACAGAGUGGAAGAUGUAGCCACUCCUGAGUUUUUAUCUCCACGUGCCAAAAACUAUAACCAUGGUCUUAGGGAUGAGAAGCAAUCCUGUAAAGAAGUGAAGUUGUCGGACUGGGCAAAAUCAGUACUACGUGCAGAGACACCAGACACUGGUUCAUCUCUAAACAAGGUCAUUUUCAAAAUGGGGUGCUCACCUACUCUAGACUCUGGCUUUGAGGUUUGUGGGGAGAAGCUGGAAGAAAACCUAGAAGACCCUUGUAAGCAGACUGAGAAAGUCCACAGUCCCACCAGGUCACAUUCUUCCAAAAUUCAAGCAGUUGCUGCCGCUGAUAAUUAUUUUACUGCAGAAAAAAGAUUCCGCAUCUGUUCACAAAUAGACUCAUCAGAAAGUGGUUCAAGCAUAUUUGAUGAAUAUUUUGUAGAAGGAAACAACAUUGAGACAAAUACAGUUGAGAUCCUCCCCUCUCGUCCGCUCUUGUCAGAGAAAUGUUUCAUUUCAAGCUCUUCAAAAUCAUCAGUGAAAGCACAGCUUAAGGACACAGAAAUUUGCAUAAAUGUUUUGCCAAAUGCUGAUAAUUCAGGAACUCAAAUGUACUCUUAUGGAAAUAUCCCCUGUGGGGAUGAAGUAAAGAGGACUGAGGUCAGGACAAGGGGAGACAUUCCAAGGAACAGGAGCUGUGAUAGUGCAAUUGGAAACAGUGAUGAGGAGUGCAACGACCCUGCUAAUUGUCAUUUCCACUGCACUCAUUUUACAGAGGAGAAGAUCCCACUACCCAGGUAUGAUGUCCUCUACAGUCCAAGUACAAAUAAUUUUGGAAGGUCUCUUUUUGGUGGUUACUGUUCAACAUACAUGUCUGACCUGGUGCUUCAUGGAUUGAGUACUACUGACAAGCUGAGGCAAAACCUGACUGCUGACUUGGCCCACUCAACACAUCACCCUGUGUUGGACGAGCCUUUAGCGGAAGCAGUUUGCAUUGUAGCCGAUACUGAAAGAUGGAGCGUUCAGGUAGCUAGCAGCCAGAAGGUAACUGUGGACAACACAAAGAUCGGCACAGAUGUCUUGGUGUCUAGUCAAGUCUCCAGUUUGCUGCAGUCUAUUUUGCAGCUUUACAAGCUCAGGACUCCACCCACUUUUUGUGUGAUGCAUCUAGAGGAUAAGCUGCAAGAGUUAUAUUUUAAAAGUAAAAUGUUGUCUGAAUACUUGAGGGGGCAUAAAAGAGUCCAUGUAAAGGAGCUUGGUGUUGUUUUAGGGAUUGAAUCUAACGAUUUACCUCUUUUGGCUGCUGUGGCAAGUACCCAUUCCCCUCACGUUGCCCAAAUACUUUUAUAAGCUAAAUUUUGCAAAUCUCAUUUCUUUCAACUGAAGAGAACAGAGACGUUCAGGAAGAAAGGGGAGGCACACUCUAGAAGCUGGACUGAGAAGAGCAGGAGCUGAUGCUCCAAUUUAUUCCCCUGUCUCCUCUCUUGGAGACGGUGUUUUAAUGUUUACAUGGAGUAUAAGGCAUUAUGGAGUUCCCUGUAGCCGAAGUGUUGCUUCACUGGGAAAUAUUUACAACAUUUUGGGAGAAAACAUAACACUACAGCAGUGGUAUUUAAUUUUGCAUUGUAAUGUGGCUGGCCAACAGCCUGUCUGUGGAUAUUUAUUAGGUUUGUGAUCUCUAAAAGGUUAUUGGAUGGAAGCAUGUUGUCAUUGUUUCUGUAGCAUUGUUGGUUAUGAAAGUAAGAAUGAUCAAAUGAUCUUCUGUAUUGCAUUAAAAAUUCUCUCCACUGUGGGGAGAAGAGGAGUUUAUAACUAAAAUUUCACACUGGCACUCAAGUUGCACUUACCCUCAAAUAUGAUACACCAUCCCAUUCCCUACCCCUGUCAGUUCUCAUCAAUUCCCUUUUUAAUAAGUAAUCCGUUAAACAUCAAGUGGCUAAAGAAUCCCAUCACAUUCUUGCACUUGGGAAGCACCGAACAUUAAAUCUGUCUCCUAGUUUUGUGUUUACCAAGUUUAAACGUCAGCUGCCAAUGUAUAUUAUUUUGUUGGACCUCUGUAGGUUCGUUUUGGCCACAUUGCCUAGAACUUCGUGAACUGCCACGGUCUAGAAAUAAUCUUGCAAAAGCAAUUAACAGAAACUGCAGGUGUGCAUAUAUAACCAGUUUUUAAUAAAUUGUUGCUUUGGAUUUUUGUAAGUCAAAAUGUGGUCCUAUCAGUAGUGGCUUCCGUGUGUUUUGAAGUUAGGUAAACAGGCCCCAGUAAUUAUUAUUUAUCUAUGAAAUUUAAUUUCCGUUGAUAUCACUACAAGAUCUAAUUUCCUUUGUGCCAUGAAGCUGGAAGACUAGAGUUUGCUUCUAGAGCCUUUGUAUGUCACUCAUACUGCCCAUGUAUUUUUGCACCAUUUACUAAUCAUCCAUUAAUCACUUCAAGUGGUAGACUUUCACAUUUAAAUAUUAAACAAGACAAAAUUCACGAAGAUUUAUUUCAAAUUGAUGUCAAGUUACUUUAUUGACAUAGCAGGUAUGUAUCUCUCCAGCUGAUAAGCUAGCUACAUCUUCCAUGAUUUUGAUGAAGAGAUGAAGACUUACAGUUUGGCUUCUCCUUCAAUCUACGGUCUAAAAAAAACAAUGAAAUUGUAGCACGUAAUGUGUGUGUUUUUUUUUUUUUUUUUUUUUUUUUUUUUUACCCAUUUUAGUUUCUUUAUGUUCUGCAUGGAAAUGUGCUAUAGACUAAUUAUUUGCAAAAUAUAGCUUUUACCUGUGUGCCGUUAAGUAGUUGCUGACACAAUAAUUGAUCAGUAAAAUUACCUGGAAACAAUCAUUUUUGCAUUAAAUAAAAAAAUAUAUAUAUAUAUGGGUCACACUGAAGAACACAUGCAUUCUCAACAAUUCAUUGAUAAAGCUAAAUUUUAGAUAGUUUUAUGAUAAAUUUUCAUUGUUUUUUGGCUUGGCAGGGUAUUGUUAUUUUUUUCUUUCAACACACUGGAAAGUUUAGUCAUUUUUCCUGUGAAAAUUAUUCAGGUAUAACAUGCCUUAAAAGUGGUGGAAAUUGAAAUACAUUGCAACAAAACAUAUUCUCCAAUCACUGUAACAGCGGUGAUUGUCACAAAGACUGGGUAAGAUUCUAAAUGCUGCUAUGUCCCACUUAAUUUGGUCAAUACUACCAAUAUCCAAUUCACAUACUUACACCUGUGCCUUUUUAAGUGGGUAUAUGUCUUUUUAUAUCCCACUGGUAUGAUGUUUGUGAUCAUGUAAUGACAAUCCUAGAAGUCUAAUUUCUUAAAGCAACUCACCAGAGAAACAAAGCGUACAGUUUAUAUGGACUUGUUUUAUUGACAUGGGGUCAGUUUUAAGUUUGCAAAAGCUCAUCCAUAACUGCCAAAUAACAAAGACACAUUUGUGUAUAACGUGCAACAUAUGGUUUAUGCUGCAUGGGGAAAUUAUUUACAGAGCUGGUGUACUGUACUCUAGUAAGACAAUGGGAGUAGCUGGAAGACGACCACACUUUACAACUUUAAUUAACUAGUGGCAUUUGCACUUAGUAGGGGUUAUUUAUAAAUAACUAUGGAGGGAGGUGGAGAGUUCUUAAAAAUGAAACGAUUCCCAGGGAAAGAGCAUGGAUUCUCACUGUGAUUGUUGCCCUUUUAAGAACUUUAUCCAGUAAUUUGUUUUGUGUAAGCAACCCCUGCUACGUCUUAACUUUUCAUGAACAGGGCUCACAUUUUUGUAAUCAUGCA